AUGGCAGAUGUAGAACAAAGACCAAAGUUUGUUGUAAAAAAAUGGUCGGCGGUGGCUGUAUGGUCAUGGAAAAUGUCCGUAGAUAAUUGUGCUAUCUGUAGGAAUCAUAUCAUGGAUCAGUGUAUAGAAUGCCAGGCCAAAAAUCCAAAAGAAUCUCAAGAAAUUACAGAGGAAGAAGGAUGUACUAUUAGUUGGGGAGCAUGCGGUCACGCUUUUCACCUCCAUUGCAUAUCUAAAUGGCUUAAAACAAGACGUGUUUGUCCACUAGAUAACACACAGUGGGAUUACAGAUCAGAUGUGUUAUAA